CCUGAAAAAUUCUUAAACGGAAAAAAGAAAGAGCAGAAAUAUAAGUAAAACACAAGCAAAGCUAAAAUCAGCAUUUCUCUUCCUUAAUUACCUUUGAAAAACCUUCGAAUUCCCUCCCUCAAACCUUUCAAUUCAUGAAACCCAAACAAAUUCUCUCUUUGUUUCCCCUUAUCUCAAAAACCCAGUAAUUCAAUUCCCUAAACAAGAAAAACAAAACCCAGUAAUUGAAUCCGGGUCGUUAUCGAACUUUGAUAUCAAAUUCCGGGCUUCAAAGGUUAAUCUGGUUGGAUUAUAGGUGGGAUUUUGAUUUGAAGCGUGAUUUGUUUGGUUUUAGACAAAGAAAAUUGAGAAAGGGAAAUGAGUGCUCAAAAGAAAAAAGCGUUUCAAAUAGAGGCGUUUAAGCAUAGGGUGGUGGUUGAUCCCAAAUAUGCAGAGAAGACGUGGAAGAUUCUGGAACAUGCUAUUCAUGAAAUUUAUAAUCAUAAUGCUAGUGGACUUAGCUUUGAAGAACUUUACAGGAAUGCAUACAAUAUGGUACUGCAUAAAUUUGGGGAGAAACUGUAUUCUGGGCUUGUCACUACUAUGACUUCUCAUCUAAAGGAGAUUAGUAAUUCAAUUGAGGCUGCUCAGGGAGGAUUAUUUUUGGAUGAACUUAACAGAAAAUGGGCAGAGCAUAACAAGGCAUUGCAAAUGAUCCGAGAUAUAUUGAUGUACAUGGAUAGGACCUUUAUCCCAAACACCCACAAAACCCCAGUUCAUGAGCUUGGGUUAAAUUUAUGGAGGGAUGUCAUCAUCCAUUCCCAUGCAAUCCAGUCUAGGCUUCAGGCUAUACUUCUUGAAAAUGUAAGGAGAGAACGGAGCGGUGAAGUCAUAGACAGGGGUUUAAUGAGAAGUAUCACAAAGAUGUUAAUGGAUCUAGGUCCUUCCGUUUAUCAGGAUGAUUUCGAGAAGCAUUUUCUUGAGGUUUCAGCUGAUUUUUAUCGUCUCGAGUCUCAAGAGUUCAUAGAGUCCUGUGAUUGUGGGGAGUAUCUAAAGAAAGCCGAGAGACGCCUAAAUGAAGAAAUAGAGAGAGUCUCACAUUACUUGGACACCAGAAGUGAAGUCAAGAUAACAAAUGUGGUAGAAACGGAGAUGAUUGAAAGUCAUAUGCACAGGCUUGUGCAAAUGGAGAACUCGGGGUUGAUUAAUAUGAUUGUCGAUGAAAAAUAUGAGGACUUAGGAAGGAUGUAUUGCUUGUUUCGUCGAGUAUCCAAUGGGCUUGUUUUAAUCAGAGAUGUCAUGACUUCAUACAUUCGUGAUACUGGUAAGCAGUUACUCACUGAUCCCGAAAGGCUGAAGGAUCCUGUCGAUUUUGUGCAACAUCUGUUGGAUUUAAAGGACAAAUACGACAAGAUUAUCACUUCAGCAUUUAGAAAUGACAAGACUUUUCAAAAUGCAUUAAAUUCCUCGUUUGAAUAUUUCAUCAAUCUGAAUUCUCGGUCUCCAGAGUUCAUCUCUUUGUUUGUUGAUGAUAAGCUUCGAAAAGGUUUGAGGGGGGUUACUGAAGAGGAUGUGGAAUUGUUACUCGACAAGGUGAUGAUGCUCUUCCGUUACCUUCAAGAGAAAGAUGUUUUCGAGAAGUACUACAAACAACACUUGGCCAAAAGGCUUCUUUCAGGGAAGUCCGUCUCUGAUGAUGCUGAAAGAAGUUUGAUUGUUAAGCUCAAAACAGAGUGUGGGUAUCAAUUCACCUCAAAGUUGGAGGGUAUGUUCACAGAUAUGAAGACAUCACAAGAUACGAUGCAAGGUUUCCAUGCAAGUCAUGGUUCGGAUAUAGGGGAUGGUCCCAUGCUUUCUGUCCAGGUUCUGACAACUGGAUCUUGGCCAACUCAACCUAUUACUACAUGCAAACUUCCUGCUGAAAUUCUGGGAAUAUGUGAGAAAUUCCGUAAUUAUUACCUAGGUACCCAUACCGGACGGAGAUUGUCUUGGCAAACUAACAUGGGGACGGCUGAUUUGAAGGCAACCUUUGGUAAGGGACAGAAGCAUGAACUGAAUGUUUCCACAUACCAGAUGUGUGUCCUUAUGCUCUUCAACGAUGCUGAUCGACUAAGCUAUAAGGAGAUUGAGCAGGUGACCGAGAUUCCUACCUUUGACUUGAAAAGGUGCUUGCAGUCUCUUGCCUGUGUUAAGGGAAAAAAUGUGCUUCGGAAAGAACCUAUGAGCAAGGACAUAGUAGACACUGAUACCUUUCUUUUCAAUGACAAGUAUACAAGCAAGUUCUUCAAGGUCAAGAUAGGCACUGUGGCUGCGCAAAGGGAGUCGGAACCUGAAAAUCAAGAAACUAGGCAGAGAGUGGAGGAAGAUCGAAAACCGCAAAUUGAGGCAGCAAUCGUGAGGAUCAUGAAAGCUAGGCGUGUGCUGGAUCAUAACAACAUUGUUGCUGAGGUCACAAAACAGCUACAGUCACGGUUUCUGCCCAACCCCGUUGUAAUUAAGAAACGGAUCGAGUCCCUUAUUGAGCGGGAGUUCCUGGAGAGGGAUAAAGGUGACAGGAAGUUGUAUCGCUACCUUGCUUGAAAAGAUUGUCGUCUUCACUUGCCAGGGUUCUGAUGACGCCUUUUAUUGCUUUUGAGUUUGGAUAUCAGGUCUGUGGAGUCUCACUUACAUUUUAUAAGUUGAGAGAUUGUUUCAUGAAUUAUAGAUAGCUGAGGUGAAUUCUUGAUGUAUGUAUUGAUUGCAUUUUGUUGCUUUGAUUCACCCUUAAUUUACUUUUAUGUUAUUUA